GGGAGCAACCGGGAUAUUAAGUGUCAGCGCUGGAGGGAGAAAUACAAGUGGAGGAAUCCCGGGAAACUGGUUUUACCCCUCCGUCCGGUGCCGGCGGCAGGACGGCGGCUGUGGCGGCGCUCCUCCCUCGGCAAAGGCAUAUAAUGCCUGCCAUGGUCCCGGGAGCCGGCACUGCACAGCGGGAGGCGGGCAGGGGUGCCGGGAGCGAGCCAUGGCCUCCAUGGGCAUGCAGGUGCUGGGCAUCGCCCUCUCCGUCAUCGGCUGGUUGGCCUCCAUCCUCUGCUGCGCGCUGCCCAUGUGGCGGGAGACGGCCUUCGUGGGGAACAACAUCGUAGUGGCCCAGAUCAUCUGGGAAGGGCUGUGGAUGAGCUGCGUGGUGCAGAGCACGGGGCAGAUGCAGUGCAAGGUGUACGACUCGCUGCUGGGCCUGCCACAGGACCUGCAAGCCGCCCGUGCCAUGGUGGUGGUGGCCAUCGUCCUGGCCAUCCUGGGCACCCUGCUCGCCGUCGCCGGCGGCAAGUGCACCAACUGUGUGGAGGACGACACCGCCAAAGCCAGGGUCAUGAUACUCUCGGGCAUCAUCUUCAUCGUGGCCGGCGUCCUCAUCCUCGUCCCCAUCUCUUGGUCGGCCAACAGCAUCGUCCAGGACUUCUACAACCCGCUGAUCGCCGACUCCCAGAAGCGGGACCUGGGCUCGUCCCUCUACAUUGGCUGGGCGGCCUCUGCUCUGCUGCUGCUGGGGGGGGGGAUCCUGUGCUGCACCUGCCCCCCCCGGGGGGAGAAGCCCUACUCUGCCAAGUUCACGGCCGCCCGCUCGCUGCCAGCCAGCAACUACGUGUAG